CAGCGCAUGACAGACUUCAGCGACUCGGUCUUCCCACUGAACGUACUCUAGACUCCACUCCCGGUUUUACAACUUUUUUUUUCAAUAAAGGUUUUAUUAAGUAUCAUUUGCAUAUCACUCGUUCAGUCCCGCAUAGCAACAAGGCAAACAUGGACGCAUCGGGAAUUCUCUCAUCGCCCGUUACCUGGGUGGUAGUGAUCUCCUAUUUUCUAUACUAUCUUUACAGACAUACCACGUCCACUUUUAAUUACUUUUCCGACCAAGGAAUCCCUGGCCCCAAACCGAUUCCCAUCUUCGGUAAUAUGUGGGGCGUUUGGAAAGCGAUCCUUCCUUAUCACGACUUGGCAUUAGCGAAAAAAUACGGAAAAGUUUUCGGUUAUUUCGAUGGCCCGAUACCAAACCUUUGGGUCGCAGAUGUCGACCUGAUAAAAGCCAUGUACGUCAAAGAUUUCGACCACUUUGUCGAUCGCAGAUCUCCCGAUAUAAAAUCGAAAGUCAUGCGCAAGUGGUUGGUUCUACUGAAGGGGCAAGAGUGGAAGGACGUUCGCUCGUCCGUUACCCCAGCCUUUACUACGGGAAAAAUCAAGCGGAUGUCCGUCUUGAUCAAAGAUUGUGUUGCCAGUUUGUGCGAUCGUGUUACGACUGUCAUCGAGAAAGAUGGAAAACUUAACGCCAAGAUGGUGUUUGGUGCCUUCACCAUGGACGUGAUUGCAAGAUGUGCUUUCGGUUUAAAAAUUGACACUCUCGGGGAGAAAAACGAUCCUUUCACUAAAAAUGCUCACAACAUUUUCAGUCCAGCAGCUAAUAAGACACCGGUUAUUCUCCUUCCAUAUAUGUACCCCGGCAUGUUUUCUUUGUUUGGAUUGCUAACCGAGCGUUUAGUUAUUGUCACCAAAGAAAUGAAAUUCUUUUUCAAAUUAUUAGAAAACGUACUGAAGGAUCGCUUGGAGUCCAAACAGAAAUUCAACGACUUUAUUGAAUUGGCUGACGAAGCAAUUUCAGAAUACACGAAAGAAGUCGAUGGAAAAACGGUGCCCAUGUGGACUCGCGAGGCUAUACAUGAGAUCAUAAUGGGACAGUCGACAUUCUUCAUGCUGGCGGCAUUUGACACAACGGCCACAACUUUGACUAGUAUCUGUUUCCAACUUGCCAUAAAUCCGGAUGUUCAAGAAAAACUGUACGAAAGCAUCGCUGCGAAAAUGCAAGAUUAUGAUGAAGUUUCCUAUGAAAUGGUCCAAGACGUUCCCUAUCUGGAAAUGGUUAUUCAAGAAGUAUUGCGCUUUUAUCCACCCGUUGUCCGUCUUGAGCGAGUGUGUACGAAAGAUUACUCCUAUGACAACGGCCGCAUCAAAAUAAAAAAAGGACAAGUUAUUACCAUUCCCACUUAUGUUCUCCAUCAUUCGGAAGAAUACUAUCCCGAUCCAGAAAAAUUCGAUCCUGAACGGUGGACUCCUGAAAACAAAGCUAAACGUAAUCCUUACUCUUACAUGGCAUUCGGCACUGGUCCACGCAAUUGCAUUGGAAUGCGCUUUGUUAUGGAAGAAUUGAAAUUGGCUCUUUGUUCUUUGGUUCAGAAAUUUCGCUUUUUUCCAAUUGCAGAGACACCGGAGAGGCUCCAAUUUGACUACGGACUUAAUCAGGUCAUGCAGCCGAUCGGUGCGACGGUGGGCAUUGAACUCCGUCAAUCAAAUUAGUUUAAAAAUGAAAAAGGAUAUUUCAAUGUCCGGUUGAAAAUGUUUGUCUUCAAAUUAAUAUCACAGAUAUAAAGACCAUUUUUAUAAAGA